AUGUCGUCCGCGACAGUUUCAGGAAAAGUCUUGGAUGAGGCUCGGAAUCAGAGGAAUCGUUCUGUUUUCCUGCGUGAUAUCAUUGUCAUUCGGCUCAUCAAUGCUUGGUGGAUAGCUACCUUUUUCCAGCCAGAUGAGUUCUUCCAGUCUCUUGAGCCAGCUUGGGAUUUGGCCUUUGGCUCUAGAAGCGGUGCAUGGUUAACUUGGGAAUGGAAACAUCAACUCAGAACCUCUCUUCACCCAGCUCUCUUUGCUGCGGUCUAUCUCAUCGCAGACUUCAUCUCCAGCCACAUCCUCCCUAUGGGCAUCCUCCGCGCUGCCAUCCUCGUCGCAGCUCCUAAAGCCCUUCAAGCCGUGAUUGCUGGUCUUGGUGACUGGUACACCUGGCAACUCGCCGUGUCUAUCUAUGGAGCCAACAGCAAUGUCUCCUUCUUUGCACUCUUCCUUCAACUCUUCAACCCCUGGCAAUGGUACUGUUCUACACGUACCUUUUCCAACUCCCUUGAGAUGACUCUCACUGUUACGGCGCUGUACUACUGGCCCUGGGAACUUGUCAGUGCUGUACAGACAACAAAGGAGAACCCCAAAUCCACGCCUGUUCUCAGGAGUCUCUGGUCGCUUCGUGCAUCUCUGUGCCUGGCAGCAUUGGCCGUUGUUCUUCGACCGACCAACGUUCUCAUCUGGGCGACCAUUGUAUUCUUUACUCUCACCCGGAUCUCACUACAAGGCUCUUCGCCGAUUACAAUUUCGACUGUAUCUGCAUUGGUUCGCGAGGCAAUUCUCUGCGGUUCCCUAAUCUUGGCCAUAUCCAUCGCAUCAGAUCGUCUAUACUUUGGCUUCUGGACAUUCCCUGCGUAUAAUUUCCUCAACUUCAACCUCUCCAAAUCUCUCGCCGUGUUCUAUGGCCGCAAUCCAUGGCAUUACUACAUUCUCCAGGGUCUCCCUCUUAUCUGCACCACCAGUCUUCCUUUUGCAAUUCUGGCUCUGUAUAAGCCGAGUGCAUUUGCCUCAUCAACGAGCCAGUCCAAUGCACUCAAGACACUCGCAUAUACCGUCUUCACAACUACUGGCGCGCUUUCAAUCAUCUCUCAUAAGGAGGUUCGCUUCAUCUAUCCUCUUCUCCCAGCACUCAGCAUCCUCUCCGCUCCCGUUGCCGCCUCAUUCUUCACUUUCCAGCCAGAUGCUACCACCAACAACCCCCGUCCUCGGCCUCAAAUCCGCAAUAAGCACUAUCUCCUGGCUGCACUGGGCGUCAACGUCCUUCUCGCAGGAUAUUUAUCUUUCUUCCACCAACCAGCCCCCCUCAAUGUUCUUUCAUAUCUCCGUCAUGAGUACGAACGCAUCCACCCAGACUCAGUUCAACUCGCCCAGACUUCUCGCUUCUCUGUUGGACCCGAGAAAGACGAAGAGUUAUUCGCCCUUUUCCUCAUGCCUUGCCAUUCUACCCCUUGGCGAUCCCACCUAGUAUACCCUGGCCUACGAGCUUACGCCCUCACUUGUGAGCCACCUCUUCACACUGAGCCAAACACUCAUGAGCGAGACAACUAUCGUGAUGAGGCUGAUCGCUUUUACGACAACCCUAUUCCAUUUCUUACUUCGGAGCUAUUUGGACCAGAAGAGCCACUUUCUGUCCCCCGCUACAUCGUCGGUUUCGAUGGUAUCGAGCCAUGGCUACAGGACUUCGUCAAGACUCCUGAGGCGCAGGCUCUCGGUCUCACACAGGUGCGCCCUGUUUGGAAGGGCUUCAAUGGUUUGUUUAACGAAGAUUGGCGACGCGCAGGAAAGAUGAUUGUGUGGGACACCGGUAUUUACGAUAACGCACCUCCAGUGAAGGAGUUGUAG